AUGAUUCGAGAUCUGAGCAAGAUGUACCCCGUGGCACGGCACCAGGUCUCACACCAGCCGGGGCAGCCGUUCAAGUUCACUGUCACCGAGUCCUGCGACCGGAUCAAGGAGGAGUUCCAGUUCCUGCAAGCCCAGUACCACAGUCUGAAACUGGAGUGUGAGAAACUGGCCAGUGAGAAAACGGAGAUGCAGAGACACUACGUCAUGUACUAUGAAAUGUCAUAUGGACUCAACAUCGAGAUGCACAAGCAGGCGGAGAUCGUCAAACGGCUGAACGCGAUCUGUGCCCAAGUCAUCCCCUUCCUCUCUCAAGAGCACCAGCAGCAGGUGGUGCAGGCGGUGGAGAGGGCCAAGCAGGUCACCAUGGCUGAACUCAACGCCGUCAUAGGACAGCAGCAGCUCCAGGCUCAGCACCUGACCCACGGCCACGCCAUCCCCGUCCCACUGACGCCGCACCCCGCUGGCCUCCAGCCGCCCCUGCCCCCCGGGGCCAGCACCGCGAGCCUGCUGGCGCUCUCCUCCGCGCUGAGUCACCAGCUGCCGCUCAAAGACGACAGGAAACACCACGACAGCAACAGCGAACACCCGAGAGACAGAGACUCAGUCAAGAGCUCGUCCGUGUCUCCCUCGGCCAGCUUCCGGACCGGAGAGAAGCACCGCAGCUCCAGCGAUUACUCCUCCGACAGCAAGAAGCAGAAGACAGACGACAAGGAGCUGAACUCCACGCGCUACGAAAGUGAUGGAGAGAAGAGCGAUGACAACUUGGUCGUGGACGUCUCCAACGAGGAUCCCGUGUCUCCUCGAGGAAGCCCCGCCCACUCUCCUCGGGAGAACGGACUGGACAAAACUCGCCUGUUGAAGAAGGACGCUCCCCUGAGUCCGUCCUCCAUCGCCUCCUCCAGCAGCACGCCGUCCUCCAAGUCCAAAGAGAUUAACGUGAAUGAGAAGUCCACAACUCCUGUGUCCAAGUCCAGCACCCCCACAUCCCGCUCUGAUGCCCCAACACCCAGCAGCACCUCCACCCCCGGCCUGAGGUCCGCCCCCACCAAACCAAUGGGUCUGGAGACGCUGGCUCCUGGUCUCCGUACGCCACUGGCCGUGCCCUGCUCGUACCCCGGGCCAUUCGGAAUGGUUCCUCACCCGGGGAUGAACGGAGAGCUGAGCGGAGCGGCAGCCGCCUACACCGGCCUGCACAGCAUCUCUCCACAGAUGAGCGCGGUGGCGGCCGCUGCGGUGGCAGCUUACGGGCGAACACAAGUGGUGGGAUUCGAUCCUCACCACCACAUACGUGUCCCUGGGCUUCCUCCCAACCUGUCGGGUAUUCCUGGUGGGAAACCGGCCUACUCCUUCCACGUGAGCGCUGACGGACAAAUGCAGCCUGUGCCUUUUCCUCCGGACGCACUGAUCGGCCCUGGCAUCCCGCGCCACGCACGGCAGAUCAAUACUCUCAGCCAUGGGGAGGUGGUGUGCGCUGUCACCAUCAGUAACCCCACGCGUCACGUCUACACCGGCGGCAAAGGCUGCGUCAAGGUGUGGGACAUCAGUCACCCGGGCAACAAGACCCCUGUAUCCCAGCUGGACUGCCUUAACAGAGAUAACUACAUCCGCUCCUGUCGACUGCUUCCUGACGGGCGGACUCUCAUCGUCGGGGGCGAGGCGAGUACUCUGUCGAUCUGGGAUUUGGCCACACCAACUCCUCGGAUAAAGGCCGAGCUGACGUCGUCAGCGCCCGCGUGUUACGCUCUGGCCAUCAGCCCUGACUCUAAGGUCUGCUUCUCCUGCUGCUCCGAUGGAAACAUCGCUGUGUGGGAUCUUCACAACCAGACUCUGGUCAGGCAGUUCCAGGGCCACACUGACGGGGCCAGCUGUAUCGACAUCUCUAACGAUGGGACCAAACUGUGGACCGGCGGCCUGGACAACACCGUCCGGUCCUGGGACCUGAGAGAGGGACGGCAGCUGCAGCAGCACGACUUCACCUCCCAGAUCUUCUCCCUGGGAUACUGUCCAACGGGCGAGUGGCUGGCAGUCGGGAUGGAGAACAGCAAUGUGGAGGUCCUGCACGUCACCAAACCUGACAAGUACCAGCUCCACCUGCACGAAAGCUGCGUGCUCUCGCUCAGAUUUGCUCACUGCGGGAAGUGGUUUGUGAGCACAGGAAAAGACAAUCUGCUCAACGCUUGGAGAACUCCGUACGGUGCCAGCAUAUUCCAGUCGAAGGAGUCGUCCUCUGUGCUGAGCUGCGACAUCUCCAUCGACGAUAAGUACAUCGUGACGGGCUCAGGAGAUAAGAAGGCAACAGUCUACGAGGUGAUCUACUGA